AUGCGUAUCUCACGGCCGUUUUUCAAUAUAUCUCCAUCCCUUCUUGGAUCCACGUGGUGGGCCGAUGUUGCUUGGUUUGCAUUUCUACCUAUAAGUGUCUAUCACCUCACGUGGUUACCAGUUCUGCAAAGGAGAGAACAUGAAUCCGUGGAAGAGUUUUCUUCACGAGUGGAGGCUGGCAUUGCAGAACAUCUUGGACUUAUUGUCACGAAUCUAACGCACGCGGAUGCUGUGGAAGCCGCUAAAAGACAUCUUCAUUCAAGAGUUGCUCCCACUCCAGUCAGAAGAAGAGUGGUCGAUACUAGAAUGCUUGAUGACAUUGCCAUGCGAAUCAAACAAUCGUACCCAUCUGCAGACCUUCUCGAUAUUCGAAUGGAUCUUGAACGUACUAGAGAUCAGCAGGUAGCAUCGGAUCCUUCUCAGUGGAAACGAAUGUACACAGAAAGGAAAUGGACAUUGAUCGAACAUAAUCGUCAACGAUAUCUGGAGAGAUUGAACAGUUUGAUAGGAGCUGACAGUAAUUAA